UGAAGUUGGGUGCAAAAGAAUACAAUUAAAUCCUCUGUCGAGAAAAAACGAAAUGACUUUCCGAACAACCCGAUAGGUACCCUAAGCUAGUUCAGUUACUCCAAAAAGUGCUGUUUACAUUUCUACAAAAGGACGAAGAAAGGAAUGUAUGUAAUUUAUAUUCGCUUAAUAUAACAUUAGUACCUAUAUACAUGAGAUACAAUGAGGUACUUGUAUGCAGCUUGCAUUUUAUUUGAAAUAAUUGUCCCUACCACACGUUACGUGCUUUGUAAGUAGUUAGAGAUGAAUCAAUUAUUAGAAUCACAAUCGACAGAAACUAGUGCGUAACUUAGCAAGUUGAAGUUCUUUUAUGUAUGUCGCCAAUAUGGUUCAGUUUAAUUGCAAACUACUGAAACUUGUCGUUUCAAUUUACGUUUUGUCCCGUUUUUUCGUAAGUUUCCUCGUCGUCAAAGCCAAAAAUUGCGAGAAUGUCGACGUUCGAGUGAACUUGAGUAAUUUUGAAAAUCUUCGUGAGUGCAAAGUAAUUUUCGGAUCGUUGUAUAUAGUUUUGUUCGAGAUGUCUACACCGAAAGACUUUGAAAAUCUCACUUUUCCCGACUUGGUCGAAGUCAAAAAUUAUGUUAUUAUUUACCGGGUUUUUGGUCUAACUUCAAUUGGGAAACUAUUACCAAAUCUUUCGAUUAUUAGAGGAAACACUUUAAUUCGAGAUUAUUCAUUAGUUAUAUUCGAUCUCCAAAAUCUAAAGGAAAUGGUAGAUGGAGUGUUACCGUCUUACGUGGUUUUACAUACUCCAUCACUCAUACGAGGGCUACUAACCGUUUGCCAGGGUGUGGUCGUGACAGUUGAGUAGGUACCUACGUAGGUGGGUAGACGUGGUACAUCUCAUAUUUGGUGAAGUGGUGUUGAAAUGAUAUAUUUCUUAUUUUAUUCUAUUUUAUUUUAUUUAUCUACGUUUAUGUAUAACUAUUGUUUUGUUAAA